ACAGACAAGUUUACUUGCCUGAAAAAGUGACGCAAAGAUGUCUUACAGAGCCCUUUGGCAGUGGAUUUAUCUGCAAAUCAGACCAUGUGAGAGGGGAUUGGUGUACAAAAGCUGUGCAGGAUGCUGAGUCCUACACUGAGCAGCUGAAGGCUCAGCAGGUGUGGACAGGGUAAGGUAUAUCCAUCUAAGAAGACCUUAAUAUCUGCAGACAUUUCAGGACCAGCACUGGAAGAGUACACACUGCGCUAACAUCACUCAGACUACACAACUCCUACAGAGUGCCAAUGGGCUUCAGCUAAAUUUAUACAUAACCAAGAGGAUGGAAAGAAAACCAAACUGCACUGAGAGCCCAUCCUUGGGAUCUGAAAAAGAGCCCCUGACUUGUAGAGCCCGGUCAGAAUGCAAAAAGGAUGGCCAGCUGUCGAGGAACUGCAAACCCUCCCUACGUUUGUCUGAAGAGCUUAACAAGGUUCACCCCAGUCCAGGAGAGAGGGCAGACUUGGGGCAUAUGUCCAAUAAGUACUUAGCUGUUCAGAGUCCUGAUGCCCCCUGCAAUGGCACCAGAAACGGCAUAGAUGAUGGUUCAGCCCCUACCCUCACUGCCAUCCCUUCCUGCGGGUCAGAAGUGCAGCAUUUGCAGACAGAUCUAGGGGAGAGAGAGACUUGGAGCAAAAAAAUAGACUUUCUCCUAUCUGUUAUUGGUUAUGCAGUGGACCUGGGCAAUGUGUGGCGGUUUCCUUAUAUCUGUUACCAGAACGGAGGAGGAGCGUUUCUCAUUCCAUAUGUGAUUAUGGCUGUGUUUGGUGGCAUUCCUCUGUUUUAUAUGGAGUUGGCCUUGGGUCAGUAUCAUAGAAAUGGCUGUAUUUCUAUAUGGAGGAAAAUAUGUCCCUUAUUCAAAGGAAUUGGCUAUGCUAUCUGUAUUAUAGCACUUUAUAUAGCAUCUUAUUACAACACCAUUAUGGCCUGGGCACUCUACUACCUCAUAUUCUCAUUCCGGGCUGAGUUGCCCUGGACCAGCUGUGAAAAUGAGUGGAACACAGAAAACUGUACCAAUUAUUUCCACAACAGUAGCGUAAAGUGGGUCAAUAGCUCUAUCUCACCAGCAGAGGAGUUUUACACUCGACUUGUGCUGCAAAUACACAAAUCCAAAGGUCUCCAGGAACUCGGAGGGAUCAGCUGGCAGCUUUGUCUCUGUCUGUUUCUUAUCUUUACCGUGGUAUACUUCAGCAUAUGGAAAGGGGUGAAAACAUCUGGAAAGGUGGUUUGGGUAACUGCAACAUUUCCAUACAUUGUGCUUACAUUACUAUUAAUACGAGGGGCAACGCUCCCUGGAGCCUGGAGGGGCGUUAUAUUCUACCUGCGGCCUGAUUGGAACAAGUUGCUGACCACUGAGGUGUGGGUGGAUGCGGCAGCACAGAUAUUUUUCUCGCUGGGCCCAGGGUUCGGUGUGUUACUAGCAUUCGCUAGCUACAAUAAAUUUCACAACAACUGCUACCAAGAUGCAAUGGUGACCAGUACUGUGAACUGUCUGACUAGUUUUAUGUCCGGCUUUGUUAUAUUUACCGUGUUGGGGUACAUGGCUGAAAUGAGGAACCUGGAUGUCUCUGAAGUAGCCAAAGAUACAGGCCCCAGUCUCCUAUUCAUCACCUAUGCAGAGGCUAUAGCGAAUAUGCCAGCUUCCACCUUCUUUGCCAUUGUAUUCUUUCUAAUGCUGAUCACACUGGGACUUGACAGUACGUUUGCAGGUCUGGAAGGGGUCAUAACUGCAGUACUGGACGAGUUCCCUCACGUCUGGGGCAAGCGGCGGGAACUUUUCGUCUUCCUUCUAAUUUCUGUUUGCUUUCUCGGAGCGCUGUCAACCCUGACAUUCGGUGGUGCCUACAUGGUGAAGCUGUUUGAGGAAUAUGCCACUGGCCCAGCAGUACUCACUGUGGUAUUCCUGGAAGCCAUAGCAGUGUCCUGGUUCUACGGUAUCAAUCACUUCUGCAGUGAUGUAAGAGAGAUGCUGGGUUUCACUCCCGGGUGGUAUUGGAGGAUAUGCUGGGUGGCUAUUUGCCCGCUGUUCCUCCUGUUCAUUAUUUGCAGCUUUAUGUCCAGUCCCCCAGAACUGCGUCUUUUCAAUUACACAUACCCAGACUGGUCUGUUGUGCUUGGUUACUGCAUUGGGACAUCCUCGUUUAUCUGUGUUCCAUUGUAUAUGGUGUACCGGCUGGCUACUACUCCCGGGUCAUUAAAAGAGCGCUUCAUCAAAAGCAUAACCCCAGAGACGGACACAGAACUGCCCUUGGGGGCUAUCCACAUGAAUGCUGUGUAAGCUGGAAACGGAAUCAUAUUCUGAAUACAAACUGUGCGCACCCCACUCUAUGUCUAAGGAAAACUUUUUGAAACCUCAGGCUGCUCAUGGUUCAUCUACCACACUGCACUGGAUCACGUCUGAGCGUCACACUGGACACAGUGUCAUUCUACAACAUGAAAGCCCCAAGAUUUCCAAUUCACAAAAAGUCAAUGGUCCACGCUGGAAGGUGGUUUGCAUGUGUGUGUUAUGGAAUAUUAUCCGCUAAGAACAAGAGACAUAAAGCGGUCAUUUUUUUGAUAGAAGGCAACUAUAAUCUUGCCUUUGUAUAUUCAAUAAGCUCUAUAUCUACUAAUGAAACAAUUAUUUUUACGCAUGGAAGAAUAGUAAGGAACGUUUACAACAUUUCAUUCUGGAACUGCUUGUGGUUAGUAACUUUAUGCCUGCUCGUAAAUCCCAUGCUUAUAUAAUAUGGUCAUGGGUGAUGAACAGCCCUGAAAGAGAAAUUUAGACAACCAAAUAGUAUUGAACAGUGAGUUUGCCCACUCACUGAGGAUGGACAGAGUAACCUUAGUGCUUGGCACCUUCAGGUGGCCAUUGGAUUAAAGAAUAAUUACACCCGAGACUAAAGAUUUAGUUUUGUGAAGAGAUUAAUGUUCUCCUUACCUUCAAUCCAUCAUAUUAUAUAUUAUAUUUUUAUUUUAUUUUUAAAAAAAGACCGUUUUAAAAGUAUACAUUGGUGUGUCAGGAGGAACCUACAUUAGUAACCACCAAUGGUCUUUACUGUUUAGGUCCAUCUUCGGUCAUUAUGAUUUUUUGGGGGGGAUAAAGCUUUAUAUAUAAAAAAAGAUAUUAUAUUUAUAAAUGUAUAGAUGUCAAAGGUUAUGCUGUAUCCUCCUGUUCUAUCUGUGCUGCUGAGUUUGACUUCAUUGUCUUCCAGUCAAUUGACAACUACAGUACUUUCAAUGAUUAGCCUACCCCUUUGUCAUCUUACCUGGCAAACUCAGCUGUAACACAAGUCUGCAUCACAGAAACAACUAGAAUAUACAGCAAGAAUAAGAUCAUAUAAACUAUGUUUAAAAAAACAAAAAUAAAUUAAAAGUUACAAUAAACAAUUCACGAAAGAAUCCAAAAUGGUGGACUGCAAACUUUUCACCUGGGGUUGUAAAUGUUUGGGUACAGAGAGUUAAAAGCCUGGGUUGAAGCAUUUAGCUCACCUCUCGUACAUAGAAUUAGAGUGCUCCCAUUGAAGUGCAUGGUUGUACAGUUUGCAUUUUGUUAAAAUAUGCAAAGAAGUCAACUUCAUAUGUCAAAUGUUAUUGGGAGGAAAUAUCUUUAAUACAAAAACAUAUAGCGCAACCAUUAGACAAUAAGCUUGAUUCUGGGUUUAUGUUUUGGUUUUAUAUUGCUAUUAUGCAGUGUGUGUUGUAUCGACAUAUUUUGAAAGACUUAUUAUUUUCACCAAUAUUCAGACUGACAAUAAAAUUUGGAGAUACUGAAACUUAGGAUGACUUAGGAACUCUGAACGCAGUUGUAGACUGCUCACUCUAGGGCUUAUGGGGCGCAUGUAUGUUGGCAUCGCGUAUCUUGCAUGAAGUUUGUGUACGUUGUGUAUAUACCUGUGCCUGCCUGCACCUGCAAAGGUGGAUGCAGGAGGCUUGCUCUUUUGCCAUCAACUGUGCACUGGAUCAGUACCUCUAUAUUCACUUUCAGCUAUCAUUCAGGCUUUAGAAUAUACUGUAGUCAGCCAUUAAAGCAGGGGUGGGAAACCUUUUUUCUACCAAGGGCCAUUUGGAUAUAUAUAAAAUCCUUCGGGGGCCAUACAAAAAUUACCAACUUAAAAAUUACCCUGCCCCCCAGUAGUUAUGCCCUUUAGUGGUACUGAGUGCGUGCGCCAAAAGGUGCGUGUGCGCCAAAAAAUGGGUGUGGCCAAUUAAAAUGGGAUAUGAUACACAUAUGCCCCCAAUAGUGCAGUGCCAGAUACACAUAAUUCAGUGCAGUGCCAGAUACACAUAUGCUGCCACAGUGCCAGAUACACAAAUGUCCCACAGUGCCAGAUACACAAAUGCCCCCACAGUUCCAGAUGCACAAAUGCCCCUUAGUGCCAGAUACAUCAACGCCCCCACAGUGCCAGAUACAUAUUGCCCCACACAUGCCCCCCACCCCACUGUGCUGCUCACCGCUGCUGCUGUGUGUCAGGGGAGGGGAGGAGACCGCACCGUGCGCCUCUCCUGCCCCUUUUUGCUCCGUCCGGCAGCAGUGUGUCUGAGCUAUCAGGGGCCAGGCAGGGAGGAG